GUAGGCACCCCCACAUCUCAGCCUUAGCACUGGCUUCCCACAGGGCUGUGUGCUGAACCCCCUACUCUUCACCCUCUUCACUUACGACUGCAUCCCGCUCACUCCAGUAAUGACAUUGUCAAAUUUGCGGAUGAUACUACCAUAGUGGGGCUCAUCUCUGGGGGGAAGGAGUCUGCUUAUCAGGAUGACGUGGACCAGCUGUCUGGGUGGUGCAGAGACAACAACCUGGUCCUCAACACUACCAAAGCCAAGGAGCUGCUCAUAGACUUCAGGAAAAAGAAAACGGACAUUCAGCCUAUUCUCAUCAGUGGGGAAUGUGUAGAGAGGAUCUUGGACUUCCGGUUCCUGGGGGUGCACAUGGAGGAGGACCUGACCUGGAGCACCAACACCACGCAAGUGAUAAAUAAGGCACAGCAGAGACUUCCUGAGGAUCCUCAGGAAGAACCACCUCACUCAAAAACUGCUUGUGUCCUUCUACCAUUGCACCACAGAGAGCAUACUUACAUACUGCAUCAGUGUGUGGUUUGCUAACUGCAUAGCAGUAGAGAGGAAAGUGCUCCAGAAGGUCAUCACCACCGCCCAGAUAAUCAUCGGAUGCCCUGUCCCCUGCCUGGAAGAGCUUUACAGUUCCUGCUGCCUCAAAAGAACCCAGGGUAUAUUAAAAGAUCCGUCCCACCCCAGAUAUUCUCUCUUUGAACUGAUGCCCUUGGGCAGACAGUUCAGGUCAAUUAAGAGAUGGACAAAUAGACCUCUUGCGCAUGACGUCACGCAUCCCAUGAUAAUUUCACCUGGGGGUCAGCCAGGCACCGUCUUUUGUGUAUACAGGAGCAUGCAGUGUGAAGAAUACAUUGAUGCCAAAAGAGAGAUGCAUGUGAAUUGGAUGAGGUAUGUGAAUUGUGCCCGUAAUGAAGAAGAACAGAAUCUUGUGGCAUUUCGGUAUCGAGGGGGAAUUCUGUAUCGUUGCUGUCGACCCAUUAACCCAGGACAGGAGCUCUUGGUGUGGUAUGAAGAGGAGCACACCAAAGAACUCAGUCCUGCACCAACAGGAACAACCAGACAGCAAGAAGUAAAGAAGACUUUGCUGCAGGUCUUUUCCUGCUCCACAUGUCCUCGUUCCUAUGCAUCUCAAAUUUACCUUGACAAACACAUCCAGAGAUGCCACUAUGAAGAGUAUGCGAGAAUGCAGGAAUCAGGAGAGAUUAAAUAUGAGCUUCAGAUCCCCUCCAAAUGCUCCAGUAGUCAGCCAACAUCAUCUGAUGCUCUCAGUUUUGACACUUCUCAUAAUGAUAUACAGAAGGAAAUUCACCACUGCUCAGACUGUGGAAAGAGUUUUGAUCAUCAGAAUGUACUCAAGACACACCAGUGCAGUCACACAGGUGAGAAGCUAUAUCACUGCUCACAGUGUGGGAAGAGUUUUACUCAUCAGAGUACUCUCCAAAAACACCAGCGCAUUCACACAGGAGAGAAGCCGUAUCACUGCUCACAGUGUGGAAAGAGUUUUACUCAGCAGAGUAAUCUCCAAACACACCAGCGCAUUCACACAGGAGAGAAGCCGUAUCACUGCUCACAGUGUGGGAAGAGUUUUACUUAUCAGAGUCAUCUCCAACAACACCAGCGCAUUCACACAGGAGAGAAACCGUAUCACUGCUCACAGUGUGGGAAGAGUUUUACUUAUCAGAGUCAUCUCCAACAACACCAGCACAUUCACACAGGAGAGAAGCCGUUUCACUGCUCACAGUGUGGGAAGAGUUUUACUUAUCAGAGUCAUCUCCGACGACACCAGCGCAUUCACACAGGAGAGAAGCCGUAUCACUGCUCACAGUGUGGGAAGAGUUUUACUUAUCAGAGUCAUCUCCAACAACACCAGCGCAUUCACACAGGAGAGAAGCCGUAUCACUGCUCACAGUGUGGAAAGAGUUUUACUAGUCAGAGUAAUCUCCAAACACACCAGCGCAUUCACACAGGAGAGAAACCGUAUCACUGCUCACAGUGUGGGAAGAGUUUUACUCAUCAGUGUUCUCUCCAAAAACACCAGCGCAUUCACACAGGAGAGAAGCCGUAUCACUGCUCACAGUGUGGGAAGAGUUUUACUAGUCAGAGUGCUCUCCAAGAACACCAGCGCAUUCACACAGGAGAGAAACCGUAUCACUGCUCACAGUGUGGGAAGAGUUUUACUCAGCAGAGUAAUCUCCAAAAACACCAGCGCAUUCACACAGGAGAGAAGCCGUAUCACUGCUCACUGUGUGGGAAGAGUUUUACUCAUCAGAGUGCUCUCCAACAACACCAGCGCCUUCACUCAGGAGAGAAGCCGCAUCACUGCUCACAGUGUGUGAAGAGUUUUACUUAUCAGAGUCAUCUCCAACAACACCAGCGCAUUCACACAGGAGAGAAACCGUAUCACUGCUCACAGUGUGGGAAGAGUUUUACUCAGCAGAGUAAUCUCCAAACACACCAGCGCAUUCACACAGGAGAGAAGCCGUAUCACUGCUCACAGUGUGGGAAGAGUUUUACUCAUCAGUGUUCUCUCCAAAAACACCAGCGCAUUCACACAGGAGAGAAGCCGUAUCACUGCUCACAGUGUGGAAAGAGUUUUACUCAGCAGAGUGCUCUCCAACGACACCAGCGCAUUCACACAGGAGAGAAGCCGUAUCACUGCUCACAGUGUGGGAAGAGUUUUACUUAUCAGAGUCAUCUCCAACAACACCAGCGCAUUCACACAGGAGAGAAGCCGUAUCACUGCUCACAGUGUGGAAAGAGUUUUACUAGUCAGAGUAAUCUCCAAAAACACCAGCGCAUUCACACAGGAGAGAAGCCGCAUCACUGAUCAGUCUGGAAAGAUGUUUACUUAUUCAGUUACAUUUAUAAAACCUACAAGUGCACCAACUUGUAGACAUUGCAUGAUUUUAAAUUUGUCAAAUUAAAUAUGGUUAUUAUUACAGUUUUGGCUGAAAAUGACCUGUACUUUGAACUUUAUUGUUCAUGUUAUAUGACUGUUUUAAAAUACGUAACCUUAUAGUGAUGUUUAAAACAAGACUAUUAUUUUUUUUCUUUUGAUCUUAAGUAGUCAUUAAUUACCACCAUACAAGUGACAAUUAAACUGCACCACUAUUAUCAAUGUAAUACUGUAGCAUGAGACUGAUUGUUAAUGGAAUUUGUACUGAUCAGGAGUUUAAUGUACUAUAACAGAACUGCGCUGUGCACAUUGUUUGAUCAGAGACUUUUCCUCACGAACGCUGAAGUUCAGACCAAGAAUUCUCUGCUUUCCAUGGAAACGACCCACGUGCUCCGGUGGACUCAGAAGUUUUGGAACAUCUCCAUAAUCUUGCAUAUAAGCAAGAUACAGGAAGUAAGACUGGCAUUUUUGGGCAAAAAGACUAGUCUUAGGAAUUAGCUUUAUGAAGUAGUGUGAAUUUAAACUCAGGAACGGUUUAAUUGUGUACACUGUAGACACUCAGGGUGUUGAAUUAAUUAUUCUAUUUUGUUCUCUCAGUUUUAAUAGAUAGGCCGUGUAUGCUUUUGCUAUCCUUUCUAACACUUUUAAUUUCAUCAUUACACAUAUUUUGACCUCAUCAAGAUUUCAGUAGAUUUAGUAAUGUUAUAAGCUAGUGGGUUAGCUACCACGGCUAAUCCCAUUGUCUCAGAACACAAGGUAAAUCCUAACCUCCCCCACAUCUCAGAUAACAUUCCAAGUCUGAGUUAGCACACACACAGACACACGCUCGCACACACAUGCUCAUCAAGUGUAUGACCAUAUCAUAUUUGAAUGUAUUUAAACUACUAUUACCCAUUUUUAUCAUUGUUAUAAUAAAUUCAAUUAAUUGUUAAA